AUGCGGAAAUAUAUGAGCAAGUCGCAGCGGGCAUGUGACCAUUGCAGGGCGCGGAAAAGCGCAUGCCGCAUCGACUCUGUGCCGCCGUGUCGGCUAUGUCAUCUCUCGCGCCGCGAGUGCACAUUUGAGGCCGCAUCCAAGAUCACACGCGCGUCUGCACCGUCCGCAACGCAUCUAUCACCGACCAACUCUUUACAAGACUCAGCCAGCCUUGUGGCUGCAGGCCAGCAAAAUGACGGUGUCGGCUCUAACAAUGCCUUCCUCGACGAGCAGGGCCAUCUCUUCCCACGCCAAUUGCCAGAUUCAUCGGCCGACUUUUGGCUUGACCAGGCCAUGAUCGACAUCAAUGCACACGACUUCAACUGCAUUAGCACUCCCCCCAACGAGAAGUCCAUGGACAAUCUGCGGCUCUCGUCUUCGUCGGCACAAGGGCUCGAGACCGCAAGCAUAGUUUGCGGCCUUACUGGGGACAUGGACCCAUACCUUAUGCAAAAAUACAAUUUUGGCCUGGACAACAACUUCGUCUUCAAGCGACUGACUGUUCGCUCAAUGACGCAGGAUAUCCAUCCCGUUCAGCUCCUAGUCUCAAAUAUCACAGACCCGAUGGAGCAGAGUGACAAGGACGGUCACUCUUAUCGCGAACAGCUAGAGAGGCUUGUGACUCAUGAUGUGGGUGUCAGAUUGGUCUCUUUAUUCUUUCGGUUCGUAUAUCCCCAUUUCCCAAUACUUCCUCAAGAGCAAUCAACAGAGCCUGGACGAUCAAAUCCUUCUACUCUUGCCGCAAUAUAUCUUGUGACCCUACCAUUCGCCAGUUUCGACGACUAUCUCUCCGUUCAAAUAGCAUAUGAUCUCCCCUAUACAGAAAAGCUAUGGGACCUUGCUUUAGAGGUGGUGCACCGGGAACUGCAUAAGCCGGAUUUUUCAACACUGCAAACCUUGAUUCUGCUGCUCGUCUCACCGCCGCAUAAGCCCCUCAUGCCAGAAUAUUCGACAAAAUGGUCACUCGUUGGCAUAAUGGUGGCUGUUUCACAGACACUAGGCUUGCACUUCGACCCUACUUCUUGGGACAUCUUACCUGCUGAGGUUCAGCUCAGAAAGCGUUUAUCAUGGGCUGUAAAGAUGAUUGAUGUCUGGCACGCUGCUGUCUUGGGUCGGAGUUGCCUCAUACACGAUGAGGAGUGGCCUGUUCCACCACCAUUUCUGAGCGACUUUUCGCAACAAGAAUGCGAGGCUACGUUUCCUGCGCACUUCAUACACAUGUACAAGCUUACUGAUAUCCUGCACACCGUUUUAACGACCCUAUUUGCCCUAAAAGCGGUCCAGACCCUUGCAAGAGACUACGAAGACACAUUGCGCAAGGCGCAGACCCUAAUGGAAGAAAUGAAUCGCUGGUCCAGCGCUGCCACUGACAUGCAGGGUGAGUCGCAAGCUGAGGACAUCGAUCCAUCGGGGCCAUUGCUUCUCGGCGGUCACUUCGUCAAAGUACUUCUCUUCCGAGCCAUACUCAGGCCGUUUAGUUGUUUGAGGUAUAGCGCCGAGUCUGACGGCUCUGUUGAUAAGCAUCGUGAGCUUGAAGCGCGCCGCCUGUCACGGGCUGGAGCAAAAGCAUGUGUCAUCAGCUUUGUCGCGUUCACAUCCAAUGUCAAGAGCAACUGCAUUCACGGAUUUUGGCCUUUCUGGUGUACGCUGGGUUGGUCAACCUUGUGUAAUCUUGCACUCCUGCUUCACGUGACAGCAGACAGUCCUGAAGAGGCACAAGAAUGCAGGGCUCUUCUCGAUCACGCCCGCCGUGCUGUCCGAUUACAAUCAAAAUCAUUGAACAUCUUGCGGUUCUCGUUAUUACGCAUCGACGCGAUCUUCUAA